GAUUCUAUACCAUAUCCCUUCUUCCCCCCAUCCCAUCCAAGUUUUUAUCUUUCCAUCACAUAACAAAAACUUAGGAAAAAUAAUUAUUUUAUGCUAAUCUUAGUUUUUAUUGAAUUCUCCACCCUCCAAUGCCAGGAACCAUCAUGGUCUCAGUGCUGGAAUUGAUGGAUCUUCCAUUAUCUUCAUCAACAUCUAUAAGGGCUUCUAUGGGGAAAAUUGAGUACCAAAUCAGUGACAAAGGAAACUUUUCCUUCCCCUUAACUAGCCUCCGUGAUGAUUUGAUUUUUAAAAUUCAUGAUUCUCAAGAGAAUGAAAUAUCAAGUGCAGGAAUACAUAUCAGGUUGAUAUUAGAGAAAGGUGUUUGGGAAGACAUGUUUCCAAUUGGGGGAGGAAAAUUGCAUUUGAAAUUACAAGUCAUACUCAGUGAUGAAGAACGUGAAAGAAUUCGUAUGAUGAGACAAUCUGCAUUAAAGAAAAAACAUGAUGAGCUUCAUAGUAGCAAUCAAAGAGGUGUAGAAGGUGACAGUGGCAUGAUUAUUGGCAAUGCAAAAUUACCCUUCAGCACUAGUGAUGAGGUCUCAGAAUCACCAAAGCAACACCUUCAACAUGAAGAAGCUAAACUCAGAAAUGUUGCAUUAGAAAGUCUUGCUGAUGACAAAGAAAGUGGCACUAGAAAUGUUGUUGGGAGUCAGCUUGAACAGAAACUGCUAAACUCAAACAUUGCAGACCAAAUUAAGAAGACCUCAUCAACAAAACCCAUGUCACAACCACUUAAUCUCAUUCAAUUACAGCACAGAGAGGAUGAUGGUCUUCAAUACUCUGAGAAAAAGGCUCCACCAAAGAGAACCCCUAGCAAUGUGAAGAAAAUGAUAACUGCUUUUGAAAGUGGUCUCCCUAAGGAUAUGAGAUCUCAUAUCAAACCCCCUCCAACAAAAUAUCAAGUGAGUCCAAUUGAAAAGGAAGAUUCUUCUGAGGCUCAGCACUUGGAGCAAGAUAAGUCAUUAAACAAAGAGCCAAGUGGCUUCUUACAAGAAAGGGUGAAAAGUGCUUCUCUGGUAACAAAGGAAGAAAGUAUUGGGCAAAUUAAGCUGCUUAAUUAUGCACAACCUAAGAACACCAUGCAGUUAGAAUUGAGCACCACAAAUACACUGAACAAACAAACAGAUUCAAAUGCUAGAAAUAAAGAUCAAGUGGAAGAGACAAAUAAUAAUGAAGCAUAUAGUAAACAUCAUAUGAUGACAACAUCUAUAUUUGAAACAGUUACAGUUUCAGGAAAAAUGCCUUUGAAAGAAGAGAAAAGAAGGGGCAAAGCCCCUGAAGUUUCAUAUGAAACAUGUACUGAGAGGGACUUAGAUAACAAGUAUUACUCUUUUGAGAGUUCUGAGGCUUGGAUAUUCCCACAUGAAUCCAGAAGGAUAUGUGUAACAACUAGUGGUAAGAGUGUAAUGGAUAUAUUGGAAAAUGAGGAUACAAAGCACUUAAGCCAACAAAGAAGUUUUGAUUUCCCAAAAGUAGAAAAUAAGGAAAAGAAUGCAACAUAUAUUGGAACUGGAACUGAGGGGAGCAAGUAUGAAAAAGUACAAGACAUUUUAGAAUCAAAAACCACUACUGCUUCUAAUAAUAAUGGAGAUGAAAAUUCUGGAGGACCAUUUGAUCAGGUUAUAAAAGCUGCAAUCAUUAUAGGGUUUGGAUUACUUGUUCUCCUUACCAGACAAAGAAAAAAGAGAAGGAAGGAGAAGAAUGCCUGAGAAUCAGUUCAACAAACCUCAACUCAUCAUCUUUAGAAGCACAAACAUCUGAAGGCUGCUGUUAACAACUUUCAAGUUUCAGAUGCUGAGCCAAAUUUUAGUGAACUCUUAACCUGCUUUUUGAACAUCUUGCAAGAGUUGAAACCAUGACAUUGCUGAGAUAAUUUCAUCCUUAGAAGCUAAAUGUGUUAAAAAAGAAGAAACACAAACAUCAAUAUUCAGCUAUGUUAAAGGGACUCUGGAGGCUUGAGAACAGUUAGUUGAUGUUCAAAACGGAGUUGAACUUUGUAACAUUGUUCUUCAUUUAGUUUUUUGAGUUUAUUAAAAUAAUAUCAUUUUGUUGUUGUUUUGUUACUUUGCUGUGAAAACAAAGAAAUAUUUUUGUAAGUCAAUUCUUUUAAUCAAGGUUAUUGAAACAAGAUUCGAAUUUUGAA